AUGGACGACGAAACCCGAGACAAGUUCAAACGAAAACUAGAAGAGAUGAUCAACGAUGCAACCGAGAAAGAGGAAAUAGCUCGCGGCCUACAGACACGAGCUGAGCAAAUGAGAGACUUGAUGGAGCAAUUGUCCGAAAGCGGCUCAAGCUCCCGAUUGCGAAGGAACAAGGGGAGGGCGGCCGACGUGGAAACUCAGGUCACAGAACUAGAGCAGGAAGCGGCCAGACUGUUGGAAAUCGUCGGACAGUUGUGGAAUAAGAUACGUGAGAUGCAGGAGGAGGAACAUAAUUUCUAA